AUGGAGGAGCGUGUGGAGGUGGUCUUGCCAAAGGUGCAAGAGCAGAAUGUCAAUCCCUGGAGUGUCUCUGGCGAGGUUGGAGCAGACGGCAAGGUGGAACCGAUCAACUACGAUAAACUCGUCAACCAGUUUGGGACCAAGCUCAUCGAUGCUACCUUGCUGGAACGGUUUCAGCGAGUCACUGGGCAUAAACCUCAUCGCUUCCUUCGACGACAGAUUGUCUUCUCCCACCGUGAUCUGGAAGUGAUUCUCGACAGGUACGAGAAGAAUGAGCCAUUCUUUAUCUACACCGGCCGAGGACCCAGCAGCGACACAAUGCACAUUGGGCACAUGGUUCCGUUUGUGUUGACGAAGUGGUUAUCUGAUGUCUUCGAGGUGCCCCUGGUCGUGAUGCUGACGGAUGACGAGAAGUACCUUAUUGGUAAGGCUGACCGUGAAGUGGAGGAAUACGAACACUACGCUCGCGAGAAUGCGAAGGAUAUUAUCGCGCUCGGCUUCGAUCCAGACAGGACCUUCAUAUUCUCAGAUUAUGCCUUCAUGGGGGGAGACUUCUACCGAAAUAUCACGAGGAUUGCAAAGAUCCACUUCGCUUCCAUACAGGCAGCCUCCUCAUUUGCAAGCUCCUUCCCAGCAAUCUUUGGGCGCGAUAGACUACGAACGAGCAGCAUACCCUGUCUGAUCCCUUGCGCAAUCGACCAGGAUCCAUAUUUCCGACUGACGCGUGAUGUCGCCAGUCAAUUGAAGUACGCGAAGCCAUCACUUAUACAUGCACGAUUCCUCGAUGCUCUCCAAGGACCUGGGUCGAAGAUGUCUGCUUCAGUGGAGGCAAGCUCUAUUUUUCUGAGAGACAGUCCCAAGCAGAUUCUUAAAAAGAUAAACCUCUACGCCUUCAGUGGAGGCAAGGAAACUCUGGAGGAGCAUCGGGCGAAGGGAGGUGAUCCCGAAGUUGAUGUCAGCUAUCAAUACUUGAAGUUCUUCCUAGAGGAUGACGAAGAGCUAGAGCGGAUCCGAGAGGACUAUCAAUCGGGAAUAUUGUCGACUGGUGAGAUAAAGCAAAGGUGCGCUGACGAGGUGUCGAAAUUCUGUCUCUCCUUCCAGGGGCAACGAGCAAAGGUAACAGACGAGAUGGUUGACCACUUCAUGACACCUCGACCCCUCUUGUAUAAAGAUGUUUCAUCCGACACCUUGCUGUCUAAGCCGGUGGAUCCAAAUGCCUCAGGAAGUGUUAAGGACCCUAAUUCGAGAAGUCAGUUGAAGAAACAAGAGAAGUUACGGCUUGCCCAAGAGAAGAAAGCCCAGAAGAUUCGUGAGAAGGAGAAGAAAGCUGUCGAUGCUACUUGCGCCGGCGAUGUCACCGAAAGCGCGGGUCUGGCUGUAAGGGCAGCCAACGAGUGA